AUGUCGGAGCAGAACAAAUCGCUCCUGGAGGCAGCUUCGAUGCUGAAUUUGGAAGCGAUCCAGAAGCUUCUAUCAUCAGGAGCAGAUGCUGCCUACAUUGAUGACCCGGAUGGCGUUUGGGGUUCCAAGUCCAAGAAGGGUCCCUUACAUGUGGCUUUGCGAGCGCGCCCGUUCAAGUCAGACGAGGCCGCCUCUUCGUAUCAAGAGCAGCUGAACCACUGGAAGGCUGUCGUACGCACGUUGAUAGACGCAAAGGCCAAUGUUAAUGUCCAGAGCGAGGAAUAUGACUGGCGAGGUUGUGGUCACACUUGCAGCGCUUUUGACUUGGCUAUUCCUUAUGCGAUCCAGGACAGCCAUUUCUUAGAGCUCUUUUUGAAUGCUGGAGCAGAUCCAAACACCCGCAGCAUCCACGACGUGCAUUCCAUGCGCACCGACGGCAGAAGUGAUGUUCCGACCUUGCACACAGCGGUAGAUGGAGGCAAUCUCCAGGCUGUGAGGGCUUUGUUGGACCGCGGAGCGAAUGCAGAUGCCUGGUCUCUGGAGCAGUUUUUCAACGAACGAGGCUUCAACCGACAUACAGAAGAAACAGCGCUACACCGUGCCUGCAGCAGCAGCGCUUGUGCGGAGAUGUGCGCAGCUUUGCUGGCCUGUGGUGCCAACGUGAACGCUGUGCGAAAGAAGCUUGAUCUUGAGAACUCUGGAGUGCAAUCUCAAUCAGAUGAUCCACGAUCAGCGGGCUUCGUGUCAUCUGUGAUUUGCGUGCCCAUAGAGGAGACAGCCCUUCAUAUUGCGCUUCUUGAACGAAAAGCAGAGCUGGUGACCAUGCUUGUUUGUGCUGGAGCAGACUCCAGCUUAGGACGGAAACGGGGAGCCUCGACUAUGAGUUGUGAGGAACUGUGCCAGGGGCGGGAAGAUCUCAAGAAGGCCUUAGGCGCGCAGUGGACUCCAGAGACUCACAAACACUUCCCGGCCAACGUCCGUGCCACGGUGAAAACGGCAUUCAUGAUUGCACAGCGGCAGAAGUGGCCGAAGAUUGUGCUGUUCAAGGUCUGCGCAAUGUUUGCCGGACCAUCGAAGCCGGCACUUGCCCUUGCUUAG